GUUAUCAACCUCGUCACAAAAAUGUCAGCUGUUGCCCAACCAAAGAACGUUGUUCAAACUCACGGUAAAAAAAGAACCGCCGUUGCCGUCGCCUACUGUACCAACGGUAAAGGUUUAGUCAAAGUCAAUGGUGUUCCAUUAGAAUUCAUCCAACCAAAGAACUUAAGAUUAAAAGUUUACGAACCAUUAAUUAUUGUUGGUAAAGAAACCUACUCACACAUUGACAUCCGUGUCCGUGUCAAGGGUGGUGGUUCAGUCGCUCAAAUCUAUGCCAUCAGACAAGCCAUCGCUAAAGCCGUCGUUGCUUACCACCAAAAAUUCGUUGAUGAAGAAAGCAAAAACGAAAUCAAAAAGAAAAUCUUAGAUUACGAUCGUUCACUCUUAGUUGCUGAUCCACGUAGAUGUGAACCAAAGAAAUUCGGUGGUCGUGGUGCCCGUGCUCGUUUCCAAAAAUCAUACCGUUAAGGUGUGUGCUUUGUUUACGUUUUUAUAUUGGCCCAUCCAAAAUAAAGAUUGUUAUAUAUUUUUUUCAAUUUUAAAACGAAAA